GGGAGGAGGCAGGAGGAGGGCGGGGACGGGGGGGCUGGGGCUUAGCCCAGGGGCUUGGGUGGCAUCCUGGGCAGGGCAGGACAGGGGGCUGAGGCGUGGGUAGGAGAGAAUGCGACUCUCUAAAACCCUUGCCGACAUGGACAUGGCUGACUACAGUGCUGCUCUGGACCCAGCCUACACCACCCUGGAGUUUGAAAAUGUGCAAGUGUUGACCAUGGGCAAUGACACAUCCCCAUCUGAAGGCACCAACCUCAAUUCAUCCAAUAGCCUGGGUGUCAGUGCCCUGUGUGCUAUCUGUGGUGAUCGGGCCACCGGCAAACACUACGGAGCCUCAAGCUGUGACGGCUGCAAGGGAUUCUUCAGGAGGAGUGUGAGGAAGAACCACAUGUACUCCUGCAGGUUUAGCCGGCAGUGUGUGGUAGACAAAGAUAAGAGGAACCAGUGUCGUUACUGCAGGCUCAAGAAGUGCUUCCGGGCUGGCAUGAAGAAGGAAGCUGUCCAAAACGAGCGGGACCGGAUCAGCACACGGAGGUCAAGCUAUGAGGACAGCAGCCUGCCCUCCAUUAACGCGCUCCUGCAGGCGGAGGUCCUGUCCCAGCAGAUCACCUCUCCCAUCUCUGGGAUCAAUGGCGACAUCCGGGCAAAGAAGAUCGCCAACAUCACAGACGUGUGUGAGUCUAUGAAAGAGCAGCUGUUGGUUCUGGUGGAGUGGGCCAAGUACAUCCCGGCCUUCUGCGAACUUCUUCUGGAUGACCAGGUGGCGCUGCUCAGAGCCCACGCUGGUGAGCAUCUGCUGCUUGGAGCCACCAAGAGGUCCAUGGUGUUCAAGGAUGUGCUUCUCCUAGGCAAUGACUACAUCGUCCCUCGGCACUGUCCGGAGCUAGCGGAGAUGAGCCGUGUGUCCAUCCGCAUCCUUGAUGAGCUGGUCCUGCCCUUCCAAGAGCUGCAGAUAGACGACAACGAAUAUGCCUGCCUCAAAGCCAUCAUCUUCUUUGACCCAGAUGCCAAGGGGCUGAGUGACCCAGGCAAGAUCAAGCGGCUGCGGUCGCAGGUGCAGGUGAGCCUAGAGGACUACAUCAACGACCGGCAGUACGACUCUCGGGGCCGCUUUGGAGAACUGCUGCUGCUCCUGCCCACGCUGCAGAGCAUCACCUGGCAGAUGAUCGAGCAGAUCCAGUUCAUCAAGCUCUUUGGCAUGGCCAAGAUUGACAACCUGCUGCAGGAGAUGCUGCUUGGAGGGUCUGCCAGUGAUGCACCCCACGCCCACCAUCCCCUGCACCCUCACCUGAUGCAAGAACACAUGGGCACCAAUGUCAUAGUCGCCAACACGAUGCCCUCUCACCUCAGCAAUGGACAGAUGUCCACCCCAGAGACUCCACAGCCAUCACCACCAAGUGGCUCGGGAUCUGAAUCCUACAAGCUCCUGCCCGGAGCCAUCACCACCAUAGUCAAGCCUCCCUCCGCCAUCCCCCAGCCAACAAUCACCAAGCAAGAAGCCAUCUAGCAAGCCACUGGGGGUCGAGGGCUCUGCUGGCUCACACCUCAGAGAGUGCCUGGGUGUAACUUAGUAUGGCAAAGAAAAUGUGAGAAGAGAGACCAGUCCCAGAGCAGCUACAGAAAGGGUGCAAGGCCACCCCUCCCCCAAAAUAAACGUGCGCCAAGGGUCGCAUGCAUUGCCACCCCUGACCCUACAUCCGGAGGGCGGGGCUUUGCCUUGAGGAGACCCCGGCCGGGAAUGUCUCCCACUGCCUGGACUCCUCUCAAGUUGAAGCCGCCAUCUUUAUCUUCCUCCAUACCUUCUUCCCUCAACUUCUUCACCCCUGAAGGACGACUGCCUGCAGAUGUUGCAAGACCUUGUUUUAAAUCAACUCCCUUAUCUCCCAGCUGGGGCCUCUUCCUUCCUGGCGCUGGCCAGGGGGCCUGGAAACAAAUGUUCUGAGGCUGGGUCAGCUUGCAUUAUAGUAUUUCGCUCCUGGUGUGCCAACCUCUUCUACCGUUACCUUCCUCCACCAUCUGACUUCUCCAAAGCCAUCUCUCUGGAGGCUGAGGAAGCCAUGGCAACCAUUUCCCCAUUCAUUCUGAGAACCUACUCUAAGCACUGACCUGGGUGAGGUAGAGGGUAGAGGUCGCCAUCCCUCCUCUGCCAACAUCACUACGAUUCUUGCCUCUGGCACUGGGCUAUAACUUUGGAGCGGUGGGCCCUUUGGAGAACCGCCCAAGGGUGGCAAUCACAACAGAAUGUGCAGAGUGGGUGGCCAUCAUUGGGAAAACAUCUAGAAAGAGGCAAGCUUUGCAUCUGUCCCUAGACAGCGAAGGUAGGCUUCAAGAUAGCAGAGCAGGUAACACAGACCAGUUUAUUGGAGGACAGCCCCGACAAACACCCAAAGGGAGGUAAAAUAGUAUGGGAGGGAGGCAAUGAAGAAGUUAGUGCCCAUGGAGUUGUGACAGGGCACAUGCUGGGGACCACUGAAUGACAAACUGAGGACAGGGGUAGCUGCAGUGUGGGGCUGUUAGAAGAUGAAUACAGCAUUCUGAAGAGGUAGGAUGCAAGGAGGCCAUACUAGAGCCUGGGAAUGCAAUAAAGGGAUGGAUCAGAGUUCCCCCAGGGCCUGUCAAGCUCCUCCUUACUUUCAGAUGUCAUAAGACAUUAGAAAUCCACCACCUCAUAGAACCACCUCUGUAACCCAGACAUUGUCAUGGAAGAUAUAAGUAGUGGAUCUUAACUGCCUCACAGGUAGCACUUGUUCCCCCUGGCAUGGAAUCCAGAGAGUUCCUCGUCCUUUACCAGUGUCAAAUCAAACCCAGAGGCUUGCUCUCUCCAGAAAUGGCCGGCUAAAGACUGUUCUUUAGCCACUGGAAGUCAGGAAUCCCAUUUACUGGUAAUAGAAAAGUUCGCCCAUGACUCCUGUCCUUUUUUUUUUUUCUUUCUUUCUUUCUUUUUCUGCU